CAUGCAUCAAUCGCCUCUCAAAAAUACACGUCUGUCAAGAACACGUACUACCCACUGUAUAUACACGAAAGACAUGCAUACACGUACGAGGAAAGUGAGCAACACACAAUCACACGGGCCCACCUUCAUGCGCCCUUCCCUCCCUCCCUCUCUCCCUCCCUCCCUUAAGACACAUCGAGCACCAUCCACUCGGCUGCCUUCUCCCGCUCACGCGCCAACUCAGGAUGCGUGUUGGGAGCAAACGCCUGACAGAGAGACAUGGGGCAACACGCAAUCGCGAGACACACACAUCACAUCUCGCCAUGAGGCACACUCACCUUGUUGGCCUGUCUUAUCCAAGCGUCGCCGUCGGUCAUGUCUCUGCCGUGUGGCGCUGUGUACGACCGCAUCAGCCGCAGGGGUGUGGGGGGCAGGCUGCCCCACGCUAUCGCCUCCUUUGAAGCCGAACCCUGGACCAGCAGGUCGCUACCGAUGUUCGUAGAACUGACACGAGACACAAUAGGUGAGUGGAAGUGGGCUGGUGAAUGAUGUCGCCCUAGCUCACCGUGAGUGCAUCAGUCCUUCGAAAGUGUUCCGCCUCACGGCCUUGGGAUCGCCUUCCUCCACUUCUCCUUUGCCCCUCUGCCCACGCACCCGUCUGCGCACCUUAGCCGCCGCCUUUCUCGCCUUCAGUGUCUCAAUCCGUCUCGCCAGCUGCUCCCGCUUGUGCUCCAGCUCUUGGUCCUCGCGUUUCCUGCGGGCCUCGGCCUCCUUGGUGCCGAGGGUGAAUUUUCUCCAUUGGUGGAGUAGCUCGUAUGGCCCCCUUCCGAACAGCCAAUCCGGCAAAGACGAUAGACGGUCAGGCAGAGACUCGUGGGAAGGGGCGGCGGGGGAAGGCGCUGGAGAGAACGAGAUAGACAUGGGCGGAGGGCUGGCUGGCCUUCUAUGUGUCUGGUUGCAUACCGGAUUCCCUUUCGUCGGCCUCCAUAGAUGCGCCUGAGCUGAGUGUUCUGAGGUACUGCUGGCUCUUGGGUAGGUAGAGGGGCAUGUCCAGCCAUGGGAGGGCAUCCCUGCCCUGGGCCUUGAGCUCCUCUGGCGACUUGACGUUGGCCGACGAGGCCAUCAGCUCCUGUGUACUUGACUGCAAAAGCUCUACUGACGUGCCCUGGGGCAGCUGCAGAAUCAGAUGGCGGAAAAAGAGAGAGGGGGGGAAACUUUUUCCCAUAUUCGUUUGUGCCUCGCACAUACACUGACCACUGCGCACGCCCAUGUGAUGUGAGGCUCGGUAGUCGUCUUGAUGACCACGGUAGUGCUGUUGGGGUGAUUUGCCGCCCGCACCACCACAUGAUCGAAGGCCAGACGAUUGUUGGCUCGAUCGUUCGGGGAUUUAAAACGGAGAGCUACCUGCAGGGAGGGGACACAGUGGAGACAUGUGAUCAACCAGUUUCUUUCUUCUUUCGUCUCUCUCUGACCCAUUGAAAGCCCAGAAAUUCCAUGAGUGACAGGGUGUACUGAGGAGUUGCAUGGAUAUCUCCCUUCUCGACAGCCGUGAAGACCUGCAGGCUUCGGUCCACCUCAAACCUCUCCUCAGAACCACCCCCACCAACACCACCGGCACCCUUGCCCUUCCUGCCGCCCUCGCCCCGGCGACCACCAGCACCAGCAUUCGCACCAGCCAGCAGCCGAUACGCAAACACCGUGUACUUCGUCUCCUUACUCUUGCCGUUCCUCAUCUGCGCCGACCCCAUUCGAGUGAAAAAUGUCCCCAGGUUGCUGAGCAUCGGCUGAUGCGGCUGCUGCCGGUAGGCCGUGAUGUCACCGGGCGAGGGAGCGGACCAUCGACGGCCGGCCAGGGGCCUGGGAAGUGGCACAGAUGAGUCUGGGUGGACCGCAGAGGGCUUGAGGACAAUGUGACGGUCUGGCCGGUCGUCUGUCGAGGCGGGCAGCUGCCCGUAUGGUGCAUGCUCCGGCAGGGAGGGGAGAGGUGCGAAGCGGGGCACAAACCGAGGGGAGCCCUCAUCCAUGCUGGACCGGCUCGACUGGCGGCUUCUCAUCCCACUCCCCUCGAGCUCAGCCUCUUCCCCAAGGCGGCUUCUGCUUCGACGCCUCUCUAGCGGCAGGCCGGCAAGGAUGCGCGUGGCUGUGUCGAUGGCGGAGGGGUCGCUGGCCCGGCGGUGGGCCAGUUGUGCCUGGAGCUGCUGUGUGUAGUCCGCAUUGAGGGGUUUGUGGGCAGCGGCCUCCUCGAACAGAUCCACGAAGUUGAACCGCUUCUUGGGGGAACGCGCCAUGGUGAACGGACGAAGGAAACGAAGUCACGGACGAAAGGUGAUGAUCACCAACUGAGAGAAAGCAUGAGAAAGCCACUGAACGUCU